AUGAAGGGUGGACAAGCCCGGAACGUGACGAACGAAGACUAUGAUUGCCAAGUGGACCCUGUGGAACACUGGUCCGAAACGAAGAAGCAGUGGUGCUGCUCGAACAAGCAACUGGGCUGCGCGAAGCAGGAUGUAGCUCUUGAGGACAACCCCGUUGAAUCUGAACCCUUCGAUUGCAAUGUGGACCCUGUGGAGCACUGGUCGGAAGCAAAGAAGCAGUGGUGUUGCUCGCAGAAGCAACUGGGCUGUGCGGCAGUCGAUUCCAAAGAAGUUUCUGAGCCCUUCGACUGCAAAGUGGACCUCGUGGAACACUGGUCCGAUGCGAAGAAACAGUGGUGCUGCUCGAACAAACAGCUGGGCUGCGCCGCAGAAGGCGUCCUUCACGGGGACAGUCCUGUUGAAUCUGAACCCUUCGAUUGCAAUGUGGACCCUGUGGAACACUGGUCCGAAGCGAAGCAGAAGUGGUGCUGCUCGAACAAGCAACUGGGCUGCGCGAAACAGGACGUGGCUCUUGAGGACAGCCCCGUUGAAUCUGAACCCUUCGAUUGCAAUGUGGACCCUGUGGAACACUGGUCCGAAGCGAAGCAGAAGUGGUGCUGCUCGAACAAGCAGCUGGGCUGCGCGAAACAGGACGUGGCUCUUGAGGACAGCCCCGCUGAAUCUGAACCCUUCGAUUGCAAUGUGGACCCUGUGGAACACUGGUCCGAAGCCAAGAAGCAGUGGUGCUGCUCGAACAAGCAACUGGGCUGCGCGAAGCAGGAUGUUGCUCUUGAGGACAGCCCCGUUGAAUCCGAACCCUUCGAUUGCAAUGUGGACCCUGUGGAGCACUGGUCCGAAGCGAAGCAGAAGUGGUGCUGCUCGAACAAAGAGUCAGGCUGUUCGGAGGUCGAUCCUGUCAAGAGUGCCGAGCCUUUCGACUGCCAAUCGGAGGAAGUUUGGUCUCAUACGAAACGAGAGUGGUGCUGCGAGGAGAAACGAAUAGGCUGUCCGACUUUCAGCCCCACGCAGUACGACUGUUCGUCCGGUCUUUCUGAGUGGAAGCAGAAAUGGACGGAAAUGCAUGCGCUGUGGUGUUGCGUUUUCAAAGGGGUCGCCUGUGCCGAAGGGAACGACGAGACGCCACUCCAGAAAAUGCAGGAGGCUGUCCAAGAGGCCCAGCACAGGGAGCAAGAGGAGGAGGAAGAGGAGGAGGCGGAGGCGGAGGAGGAGCUCUCCAAGGAACCGACGGAGCCGGAUGAGGAGUUUGACUGUGCCGACGGUCUAGCGAACUGGCAGCGGGGAUUCUCCGAGGCGAAGAAGGAAUUCUGCUGCCAGCGUGCCCUGGUUGACCUGCAUUUCCGGUUCGCCGGAGCUUUGGAGCGUGGAGAAGACCAUUUGGUGCUGCAGCCCGCCUGCCUUUGGGGAUCCGUGAAGACGAGUGAGUGGUCAGGAGGAGGCUAUGCUGCCGUGAUGAGUGCUGACCUGAACUGGGUGGCAGACAGGAACGAAGCUGGUUUUGUUGCUGGCUGGCUCCAAUCUGCAAACGUGCUGGGGCGCGUGCUGACAUCCACAGCGUGGGGCUUCGUUGCGACGCGAUUUGGUUUCCAGCCGGUCUUAGCUGUCGCCUUGAUCGCCCUGAUCGUGGGCGGUGUACUGUUCGGCCUUUGCAACGACCUGGCCGGCUCUAUGCUCAUCCGCUUCAUUUUCUUUGGCUUCUUGAAUGGUUGGCCAGCCAUCUAUGGACCUUCUGCGGCGGCCGUCGCUGGAGAUGAGCGGCAAACUGAGGUCAUUGGCAUGGUAUUGGCUGCGGGCAGCGGGAUGCAGUUGGUCGGACCAGCUAUUGGAGGCUGGACCUACAACAUUGUGCCGAGCUUUCCUGCUGUGAUCCCAAGCAUGAUUGGCUGUAUUUUGGCCGUGGCUCUCUUCGCGUUCUUCCUAAGAAUCAGGCAUGACAUCCGAAGUCCGCAGGAGGCGGCUCAGCCCGGGAUGGAUGCGGAACCAGGAACGCCCUCGAAACCCACCGCCUCCACACUCAAAUCUGUUGGAUCCCUUCUACGUACCUGGCCGGUACCUGUCGUCAUCUUCAUGCGGCUUUGGAAUGGUUUUGCCACUUUCUCCAUCUUCGAAGCAGCACCCUUGUGGCUCGUUUCUGACCGAAAUGUCGGUGGCCUUGGCAUGACUGAGAAGGAGGUUGGAUCGUUGCUCUCCCGGUCCGGUCUUUGGAAUUUGUUUUACUUUUCCUUUCUCAUGCCCCGUUUUGCCAAAGUUUUGGGGGAACGUUGGGUCUCGGCCAUUUUCUGUGUGGUUGGCGCCGUGAUGGCAACGAUCUUGCCUUUCUGCACCUCGCCUCUUAUGGCCAACGUUAUCCACAUGCUGGCGGCCUCAGCGACGAUGUCGCAGGCUGCCAUGAAUGUAGCGUUCACCAACAAUGCAGCUGGGCAGGAAGGCCGCGCCGUGGUGACGGGCGUUGCGGUGACCGUCGAGACCAUCGGCAAGGCUCUUGGGCCAAUCGUCACCUCCACGAUGUUUGCUUGGUGUCUUCGGACGUGGGGUCUGCAAGGCCAUGGCACAGUAUUCUUCGUCUUGGCAGGCCUUUCUGUGGUGCAGCUGAUCUGCACUGCAUUUUUGCCAGCCUAUGUGGAGUCAGACUCUUUGCGGCGUCGGGGGCACGAGCCCAUUGCUGCGGAAGAGCCACAGAAGGAAGUUCCAGCCACUGUCCUGGGACUGGAGGAGACGAUUCCAGUGAUGCAUCGUGCACACAGUGGCUGA